AUGGGUUCGGCACAUGAAGCGUCCGACUCGUUGCGGUACAUCGCGCUGUCCUACAAUCAUGCAGAUUCGCAAGCUUCGGCGUUGAGGCUGGUCUUAACGUUGAACCCCCACUGGGAAGGCCCAGAGAACAAGAUCGAGUUCGUGCGGUUCACAGACGGGAUUACCAACACUCUCCUCAAGGUCAUCAAUCGGAAGCCCGGCUUGACCGAGGAGCAAAUAGACCACGAAGCAGUACUGAUGAGAGCGUACGGUAACCAUACAGAGAUCCUCAUAGACCGUGAAAGAGAAACGAAGUCCCACGCCCUUCUUGCCAGCCAUGGCCUAGCCCCUCCUCUGUUGGCUCGGUUCCAGAAUGGCCUCCUAUACCGGUUCAUUCGUGGUCGACCGGCCACCUACGAGGACCUUGUGAAGGCCCCUAUCUGGCGGGGGGUUGCCCGACGACUUGCACAAUGGCAUGCAGUUCUCCCGAUCGGGGGAGCUCCAGCUGCUUCUGCAGUCUCAGUUGAGUUCCCCAGAGACCACGUGCCCAAGAUGCACCAAGUAGAUGUCGCGCAGUCCAAGCAGGCGGAUGAUUUAUCUCCUAUCGAUCCGAGACAGCCGGGACCCAACCUGUGGACAGUGCUGCAGAAAUGGAUUCGAGCUCUCCCCACUACAACAGAGGAGCAACGACAGCGGCGACUGAGUCUGCAAAAGGAGUUUGAACGGGUUGUGGGGGAAUUCGACGAUGGGAAAGGUCUUGGUGAGAACGGGUUGGUGUUUGCCCACUGCGAUCUUCUCUGUGCCAAUGUUAUUACUGUGCCGUCGACAGACAUGACGUCCGACGAGGCGCAAACCGUCCACUUUAUUGACUACGAAUACGCUACACCCUCGCCAGCUGCAUUCGACAUUGCCAACCACUUUGCGGAAUGGGCCGGAUAUGACUGUGACUAUAAUAUGAUGCCGUCGUGUUCUGUGCGACGACAGUUUCUCACGGAAUACGUCAAGAGCUAUACGCACCACCGAGGCGUCGAGUCAUCGCAGCAAGAAUUAGUCGACCAGCUGUACCAGGACGUUGAUCGAUUCCGCGGUAUUCCUGGCUUAUACUGGGGAACGUGGGCGCUGAUUCAAGCGCAGAUUUCACAAAUCGACUUCGACUAUGCGUCGUAUGCGGAAUUGCGCCUGGGGGAAUACUAUGCGUGGCGACGAGAAACGGACGGCAGUCGUGCGCAAGCGGGUGAGGAGAUGCCGCUGCGCGAGCGGCGAUGGCAGGAAGCAUAA